AUGACCCUUCCCCAAGAGACUCUGCGCACUGCGCGUCUCGAGCUACGACCCCUCGGCCCUGAGCACGAGGAACUCACCAGGCAAUUGGACUUUGAUCCAGAUGUCAUGAAGUACGUUCUGUUCGGCAGAGCGUUGACACUCGACGAGUCGAUUGAGACACAUAAAUGGCUGCUUAAUGCGGCAACAAUUGUCCCUGGGCUCGGAUGCUGGGCUGGCUACGUUGGCGACGACUUUGUUGGCUGGUGGGUUCUCGCGCCAUCCCAAAGUAAUGCAGGACAAGAUGGACCUCCACAAUACAACAGGGAGCGAGCGGAAUUUGGCUGGAGACUCUUGCCGAGGUUUUGGAGGAAAGGGUACGCGAAGGAAGGUUCAUCCGAGCUGUUGAUGCAUGCCUUCCAAGACCUAGGCCUGAAGGAAGUGGCUGGAGACACCAUGUCAGUUAAUGCUGGUUCUCAGGCGACAAUGGCAUCUUGUGGCAUGACGAAAGUUCGCACUUACCAUACCAAGUACGAUAACCCUCCUCCUGGAAUCGAGGAUGGUGAAGUGGAAUAUGUUAUCACCAAGGACGAAUGGAAGACGCAACGCGACAAGCACAGCGAGCCUCCGCACCAUACGCAGCCACUUGUGCAGAACAUGCGUGCACAAGAGGGUGUAUAG